CCGCCUACUUCGCGGACGAUGAGUUGAUUUUAUUUUCAAAAGGCAAAAUGUUGUGGCAGGACGUUGACAGCGAUGAAAUCGAUGAAAGUGGCGUUGAAAGUGGUAACAACUCCGAUAGUGAGACAGGCGAUUCCCUUCAUGCGAGGAAUAGCGAAGGGAGUGAUUCGCACAGUCACAAUGCUAGCACAACAGACACACUUCCAACAUCAAUAGACAUGGAAAGCGAGAGAGGCAGUGGAAGUAUAGUCUCUCUACUACCAUGGGGCACCCACAAAGAAAGAAGCUCCCAAAAUGUAGAUUUUGAUGUUAGACCUGGUGAAUUUGUUAUGCGCACCCUUUUCACGGAGUUUACAACCCAGGCUGAAAGAAAAAUCGAAGCUGUACUGUCAGAACCACAGGAAAAAACAUUGUCAAAAGUUCUGCAAAGGGGUGAAGAUGCACAGUUUGACCAAUUGUUGAGUGUGUUCGGUUCAGCUGCUGAACAUUGUCUACCGUCGAUUCUGCGAGCUUUGUUUGAUUGGUAUGAAAGACAGAUGGGAGAGCCUGUCCAAGAGGCUAAAAAGAUAGAACAAAAAGGAAAAGGAGAGGCGACUGAAAGAGCUGACACCGAUGCAGUACAAGAGAAGAGAGAUCUUGCGGUUGAAUUUUUACUUUGUUUAAUGCUCAUUGAAGUUUUGAAACAAUUACAUUUUCACCCUGGACAUGAAGAUUUGGUUACUUAUAUAGAAAAUUUAUCCUUCCGUCACUUUAAAUACCGAGAAGGGCAAGGAAGUGGUGUUAAUGGUGCUAAUUUUCAUACUGUUGCUGAUCUCUACGCAGAAGUUCUUGGUGCCUUGGCACAAUCUAGAUUCUUAUCAGUGAGAAAUAGAUUCCUUGCAGAGCUUAAAGAGUUAAGAGCUAAAGAACCUUGUCCCCAUACCACUCAAAGCACCAUUUCUUUAUUAAUGGGGAUGAAGUUUUUUCGAGUUAAGAUGGUACCUAUUGAAGAAUUCGAAGCUUCUUUUCAGUUUAUGCAAGAGUGUGCCCAAUAUUUUCUUGAAGUUAAAGACAAAGACAUUAAGCAUGCUUUAGCCGGGCUUUUUGUUGAAAUUUUAGUACCUGUGGCUGCGAGUGUGAAAAAUGAAGUGAACGUCCCUUGUUUGAAAAACUUUGUCGAGUCUUUGUAUUCGCAAACUCUUGACAUGUGUACUAAGUCCAAGCACCGCCUGGCUUUGUUUCCUCUAUUGACCUGUUUGUUAUGUGUGAGUCAAAAAGCAUUUUUCCUCCAGAACUGGCAUUAUUUUUUAGCCAUGUGCUUGUCUCAUCUAAAGAAUCGAGAUUCCAAAAUGUCUCGAGUCGCGUUAGAAUCACUUUAUAGGCUUUUGUGGGUUUACAUGAUCAGGAUUAAAUGCGAGAGCAAUUCAGCCACACAGUCUAGACUUCAAAGCAUUGUCCAUUCUUUGUUUCCAAAAGGGUCAAAGGCCGUUGUCCCAAGAGAUACACCGCUAAAUAUAUUUGUGAAAAUUAUUCAGUUUAUAGCACAAGAAAGAUUGGAUUUUGCUAUGAGGGAAAUUGUAUUUGACCUUUUAUCCGUCGGACGUACCAAUACAGCAUUUAAAAUAAUUCACACACCUGAGAGAAUGAGCAUUGGUCUCAGAGCGUUCCUUGUUGUAGCUGAUAGCUUGCAACAAAAAGAAGGAGAGCCUCCAAUGCCCAGGACGUCAGGGGUUCUUCCAUCAGGAAACACACUCCGUGUCAAAAAAACUUUUCUAAAUAAAAUGCUUACCGAAGAUACAGCUAGAAGCAUUGGUAUGUCACCCUAUUUCCCACAUGUGCGCCAUGUCUUUGUUGACAUACUCAGAGCGCUAGACAUCCAUUAUGGUAGGCCUUUGAUGAUGACAUGCACACAAAAUGUCAACAAAGAACCUGACGAAAUGAUCACUGGCGAAAGAAAACCCAGAAUCGACUUAUUUAGAACCUGCGUUGCUGCAGUGCCCCGGCUCAUACCAGAUGGAAUAACUAGCGCAGAACUAAUUGAUUUACUUGCACGUCUUACAGUCCAUAUGGACGAAGAACUUAGAGGACUUGCUUAUCAGAGCCUGCAGACUUUAGUCAUUGAUUUCCCAGACUGGAGGCACGAUGUUAUAUUAGGUUUCACACAAUUUUUAUCAAGAGAUGUACCUGAUACUUCACCACAACUUCUAGACAAUGGUUUAAGAAUGUUGCUACAGUUAUUAACAAGCUGGAAAAAUGCAGUGAGUAAAGAUCCAAUACCUCAACCACCACCGCAACAACAAAUAUCAAUAGAAUUAUCACCGCUGUCGACACCGAGAAGGCAUGAACAUGCUCCGCGUAUCGAGCCAGCAAGUAAUGUUUUACGACAUGUUGAAGGUUUUGCUUUAGUUAUGCUUUGCAGUGUCCGGCUUUGCCAGAGAAGGCUGUCUGUUCAUAUUUUAAGAGAGGCUAAGUUGCUUCUCAAGCUCCUUGGAGGUAUUUAUGACAACGAAGAAGCAGUCAUAGACAGCAUGGAAAAAUGGUGCCCCUUUGUCCUCGAAACAUGUUUGAACCUUCUUCCAGCUGCUGAGAAGACUGCAGUUCAGUCUGCUACAGUUGAUAUGCAGUGGAUUGCUGAUCGAUCAUCAUCAGUCUGGACUGCUGGCAUUCAAGAUGAAAGUAGCAGCAAGAACAACACAAGCAGUGGUAGUGUUUGUGUAAUGAGCCCCAUGAGCGACCCAUGGGCUUGUGUAUUUUUUGGCCUGCUCGAGAGAGGCAAAACACUGAGUCAGUGCCCAACUGCUGUGACACACGCUUGGCCAAUAGUUUACACUCGCCUCCAUAUGCUUUUCUCCGUUGUCGAUCCAACGCCGGUAAGUGACAACAGAGCUUCUCUACUUCGGAGCUCGGCACCCCCGAGACGGCCUGUGACUGAGAGAGAUAUGUAUUUGGUUGUCUGGAGAAAUUAUGCCAGCCUUGCCAUGAGGGUGGUGCCUCCUGCUCCAAGUCCAGUUGUGCGUUGUGCUUCACCAGAUUUAAGCUUAAGACGGAUUUUCGUAAUAUCAAGCCAACAGGAAAGUAUGUUAUUCUGGCACAGAUUUUCACAAAGUCUCUCCGACGAUGAUUUAUCCGAGUCUAAAUCUCUCUACUGUUAUGGAUAUACUCAGAAUAAAACGCGCCAUAAAAGAAGCAGCUCCUCACCAGAUAGUUUAACUGCGGAACGCAAUGAAAAAGGUACAGCAGUAACACCUGCAGGUUUAUAUAAACUGCUUGUCCCACUUCUGAGGUGUGAGGUGACUGACGUUAGGGAUGCUGUUGUUUAUGCAUUAGCUAAAGUGAACUGUGAAGCUUUAAAGGAUUUGAUGGAAGAGCUGGUGGUUUAUAUUCGUGAAGCUGUUGACAGGAAGCAAGAAAAUAUGAGGCGAAGGCGUAGAAGAGAUGCAUUACGCCUUCAUUUAGUAAGAGUGUUUGAAUUGAUAGCUCAGUAUGGGACAUUCGGCAACAGUUCGUGUGUUUUGGAAAGAGAUUCUCAGUCUCUCCAUCCGACCAUAGUUGAAUAUAUUGAGGGAGCACGUAUUUGCUUGGAAAUGGAUCCAGACAAGGAAUCUUUGACAGAUAUAAAGAGUCAUUUUUGUAAUUUUAUAAGGCAUAUGCUGAAGAGUUUUUCACUUGAGAUGCACCAAAGUCUUUUAAAGCGGGAUUUGAGACGAAAUUUGUUUUCGAUGUUCGCUUCUUGGGCUGGACCACUGGGGAGGGGGCUCGGGUUGUCAGAUGUACCAGGCAGCCCAGAUCUUCAGUAUAUCGCUCUUCAAGCCAUGACAUCUGUUCUGUGUUGUGGACCUUGUUUUGACCCUCAAGGCCUAGCCGAAGAAGGAUCUCUAUAUUCUUGGAUAGAUGAACUUCUCCAGUCGGAAGAUCCAAAAAUAUACAAACUUGCUUGUGAAACUGUUGUUCUCCUUCUUGAAUGCAAUUCGGACAUUGGAUCGCUUCUUGAUUGGGUGGUUGAACGUUGUUACACUGCCAAGCCACAGGUUGCUGAUGGAUGCUUCAACGCCCUUUCUACAAUUUUCAGUGUCAAGGAGUAUCCAUGCGAUCAUUACACAGCCGUGAUAAACGUCACACUGAUGAACACUGGCUGCCCAAGAACGGAGAUACAGGAAAAAGCUCUCCAACUCCUUCAAAUCCUGGACAAACGUUUUUUCGGGGCUGUAGGACCAUUUCCGGCAGAAGGCGAACCAGGAUCUGGCGAGCACUACGGAAAGGGUCCCGUCUUGCAGCAUUGAAAACAUUUCUGUCCUCCCUUAGCUUCGCAAUGCGCUGAGAUCGAAUGCCAGGAUUAGGAUGCCUCCUAUUGGUACUUCCAGUGUCUCGGAAAUCCUGGGAGACCACGCUCUGAGAAACACCAACUGCCUCUGACUCAUUCUCACUAUAACAUUGCGAACUUCUGGUUCAGGAUGAUGUCUUUCAUG